AUGCACGCAGCUGUGCACCAGCGCAGGCGACCCGACAACGUGGACAAUGGAGAGCAAUGCAAAGAAAUUGAGAAAAAGGCAACCAUGAUUGGAGGCAAGGCCGGACCGUUGGGCCUUGAGAACGAGGGCGAGAGCGAGAGCGAGCACAAACCAUUGGGCCUUGAGGGCAAGGGCAAGGGCAAGGGCAAGGGCAAGGGCAAGGGCAAGGGCAAGGGCAAGGGCAAGGGCAAGGGCAAGGGCAAGGGCAAGGGUGGGGGGUGA